AUGAAGUCUAGACUUGUGUUGAAGGCAACAUUACAUUAUGUAGACAUUGUCAAAAAGAUCAAUCCAACCUUUAGACAUGAACUUGUUUAUAUACCAAAAAGAACAUUGACAAACCCAAGAGAACCAUCAAAGAAUAAUGGAUAUGACAACAUAAAUGAUGAUUAUAUUCUAAGAGUCAAGGAGAUCAUAUCAAGUACAAAAGAAAGUUAUGAAAUACUAGAAUUGAUGGGUCAAGGAACAUUUGGUCAAGUAGUUCAAUGUAGGGAGUUAUCUACAAAUAAUCUUGUAGCUGUUAAAGUCAUCAAGAGACAUCGUGCAUUUACUGCUCAAGGAGAAAAGGAGAUAAACACUUUAAAAAUGUUGAAUGAUCAUUCGAGAUACAAGGAUAAAUAUCUACAAUUACGUGAUCAUUUUGUCUUUAGAGGUCAUAUCUGUCUAGUAUUCGAAUUACUCUCUGUUAGUUUACAUAAAAUAUUAAAACAAAAGCCCCGCUUGUCUAUAUUGGAUAUCAAAUUGAUCUCAGUACGAAUACUAGAAACACUCGCUUUACUUGCAGAUUUACAUAUUAUUCAUACUGACUUAAAGCCUGAUAAUAUUCUACUCAAAAGUCCAGAUGAUUUACACGAUGUAAAACUGAUUGAUUAUGGAUCAGCCUGCUUAGAGACGGACAGACCAACAAACUAUCAUAUACAAACUGCAUUCUAUCGAUCACCCGAGGUCAUCAUUAAGGCACCUUAUAAUUGUGCAGUUGAUAUGUGGUCCUUUGGAUGCUUUGUUGCUGAACUUUAUUUAGAAAAACCACUAUUUCCAAGUGGAAAUGAAAUCAUUUUAUUACACAUGAUGGCAAAGACAUUACAAUCCUUACCACCAGAUCAUAUGCUUCACAAGGGUGAAAAAUCUCAAAAGUUUUUCCAUAUUAAAGGUACACAAUCAGAUGUGACAAAGCUGCGGGAAAUAGGUGCACAUGAUAUUUCAGCAACCUCCCUUGACGAAAGAAUCACGGGCCAUCCUCGAUCAGAUGAUGAUACUGAAGAAGGUAUUUCCAUCAUAUUUUAUCAGAAAUGUUUACUUGAUUUUCUAAAAAAGAUACUAGUGUAUGAUCCAGACAAACGCUAUACGCCCAGACAAGCAUUACAGCAUCCUUUCAUCACAACAGACCCCGUCAUUCAUUCGUCCUCUUCUAUUUCACGUACGACCGAAGAAAGCAGCGAGAUUAAGACUCCUUCUCCUCCUCUUCAUAAACCGGAUGCAAAACCCUUAAAGUCUAUACUAAAAAAAAAGAGCAGUAAAGAUUUGAAAGUACCCCUUCCUCAACUAGAUAAUACCCUCGAUAGCACUGUGGCUUUGAUCUAUCAACAACCAAGACCUACCUCUGGUUUCAUAAACACAUACCCCUUUCAGAGUCCUCAGCACCCCGCCAUGGCAUACUACACGCAUUAUUUUUCUCAUUGA